CAACUACUUCCCACUCUUACGGAACCAUUGGCCAUUCUACCCUCCAAAUUCGUUUCAUCUUCUGAGAUCAACGACUAUUUGCCCGCCAACUGUCCAAUUUACCUUUUCUUUCGCACUUACAUGCCACCACGCUUCCAAUUGGCCCGAAAGCUUGUAAAUGUUGGAUGCGAUAUCAGUCAAAACGAUUGCGAUGUUAUCUGUAAUAUAGACUAUACUUCAGACGAGAGAGGCUGCGCUGAAAAUGCUGUCCGGCGCCGUGACGACGCUCAACCAGGGGCUUCAUGCCAUCAAGUGAUUGAUUUGAAGGGUGGAGUAUAUGGUACGCGAGCUGCUCAAGUUUUGCUAGAUUCGAUAAAAGGCAUUACCGUGGAAAUGAAUCGCUUCCGACCUCGAAAGGCCUGGAUGCUGCAUUUAGUGAGUCUGGGUUCUAAACAUACUUGCUUGAACAAUAGAUAUGAAUCCCAAGACGCUGUGUCCUCUGCUUUGGUCGCAUUCUCUUUUCGAUGCAAAAAAAUGGUCUGA